GCUCUCAGUGUUUCGCUGGACUGCGAGCAGCUUGGUUCCGAUUCUUGACCGGCAGCAACGGCUGACCGAACGCGAAUACGCGAGACUGGAGUGAAUUUCAUUAGCGUUCUCGUUGUUUUUUUUUUCAAAUCUAUUCGCGGUUCGCUUACGGCAAAUAACUCAAAGGCGCUAGACGGGAAUCGAUUCGAACAAACGCAAAAUAGUCGGGUUCUAAUUCUAAUAAGAUUAGAUUGCAUCUAAGAGCUAUGCAUCUUAACGAACUUGCUCGAACGGGUGACGGUAAACUGAUUGAGUGUUGAGACCGACUAAUUGGCGCAAGUCUUGGAAAACUUGCUAGAAGCUAUCGCAGAUGAUCGUCGACUUAGUACCUGUCACUAUCAUUACACAGCAACUUGUAAAAAGUUAAAUACUUGAACCGGGAAGCUGAGUGUGACGAUAAAUCUGCUGUGUUGUGCUAGUUGCCAUUGUACAUGUAAUAACGAUAUAGUGUUGUAACCUGAUGAAUUCGGUUCAACAAGUCAUCCCUGGUGGGGAGUUGCGUGCUGCGUAAGAAAGCAAAUUUUAUUAGCUAAGCACUGAUUUGCACACAAGUUAGUUAGUCAAAGGGCAACAGGCUAAGAACUCGGUGGAAUAUUCUAAUAGACAUUCAGAACUAUUCGUAACGGUUGGGGGAAAAGACACCAAAAUGCAGCUCUGGUUACGUGUACUGGGUGUUGUGUUGAGAAUAGUCAACUUCUUGCUGACACCGUUCAUCAAGUUUGUCGGAGGAUCACGACGUAAGACGCCGUUCCCAGAGAUUCGCAAUGAAAUGCUGGAGAUACCUGCUGUGGACUUGGCCGAACGCAUCAGAAACAAAGAGCUACGAUCGGAAGAUGUGGUCCGGGCAUACAUCGAUCGCAUACGAGAGGUAAAUCCCCUGAUCAAUGCCGUCGUGGAGGAGCGCUUUGCUGCCGCCAUCGAAGAUGCCAAAAAGGCUGAUGACAUGAUCGCAAAUAUGCAGGCCAUCUGGCUGAUCAAAACACAUCCGCUGUUGGGUGUUCCGUUCACGGUGAAAGAAAGUUGUUCGUUGAAGGGUGCUCUGCUUACCGGAGGUUCUCUGCCGCGCCAAGGAAUCAAGGCAAGCUCCGACGGUGAGGCCGUGGCGCUUUUGAGAGCUGCUGGAUGUAUCCCACUGUUGGUUUCCAACACGCCGGAAUAUUGUCUCAGCUGGGAGUCCUACAAUCACAUUACCGGGCGAACACUUAAUCCAUAUGAUUGCCGACGAACGGCAGGAGGAUCGUCUGGUGGCGAAGGAGCACUAAUUGCUGCCGGGGCGUCUUUAUUCGGUGUCGGCAGCGAUAUAGCCGGAUCGAUUCGAUUGCCGGCGCUGUUCAAUGGAAUUUUCGGCCACAAGCCGACGGCUGGUGUCAUAUCGAUCAAGGGACAUUUUCCCUCCUCGUCUGACGAAAAGUUCUCCAACUUUCUAACCGUUGGUCCCAUGUCCCGCUAUGCGAAGGAUCUACCGACUCUAGUACACAUCAUGGCCGGUUCACAGGCCUACAAGCUGCGCCUAGACGAAACUGUCUACACCAAGGAUAUCCGAAUCCACUACAUGGAGGACGUUGGCUUUAACCCUGGUUUCAUACCAGUCGACGAAGAGAUCAAGAUAGCGAUGUACCGAGCGGUACAGUUCUUCAAGGAUCAUGGACUCCAAACCGAGCGAGCCGAGUUUGAUCACAUCAAUGAAAGCUUGGAGAUGGCCAUGUGUACACUGCAGGCGCUGGAAGACGUUCCAAGCAUUUUUGACAACAGAGAAAAUCCAAAAGAGAAGCACAGUUUAUUCGCUGAACUGGGUAGAGCAAUGAUUGGAAGGUCGCAAUUAACAUUGGCAGGAGUUGUGUUCUACAUACUGUACAAUACAAAAUAUUUAUUAACUCCGGAAGAACAUCAGAUUUAUUUAAGGAAAGCAGGGGAGCUGAAAAAACAGAUAACUGAUACUCUGGGAACUGACGGAGUCCUAUUUCUGCCAACAUUUCCCAAGCCGGCCUUACGGCAUUAUGAAUCCUUCACCCACACAACGGGAGUAACGUACACGAUGCUAUUCAACGCGUUAGGAUUCCCGGGAACCCAUGUCCCGCUUGGAUUCAACCGACAGGGUUUGCCAAUCGGAAUUCAAAUUGUUGCUGCCCCCUUCCAGGAUCGUCUGGCUUUGUGCAUUGCAAGAGAGCUGGAAGCUGCGUUUGGUGGCUGGAAAGCUCCACACUAAGCGUAUCGCUUGGGAGUAUCAAGCAACCAGUGAAGUGUUUUUUUUUUUGUUUAUGAAAUUGUGAUAUAGAAGAAACCAAAAGCAUGAUGAACAGAGUUAAUCGAUGCCAUUAUCGAACUUUUGAGUAGCAUUUACCUAUAAUUUUAAUACAAUGAAUAAAAUGAAUUCAAUUUGCCGUCGCAUUGAGUACAUUGCGAAAAACAUGGAACGAAAGGAUUUCAAUAAAACAAACUAUGUUAAUGUUUUCAA